AUGGAUACCGAACCCUUCGCAGAUGCAGGUGCGAAUGCGAAACAGAGACUCCCGAUAAAGACAUACCACUGCCGCUUCUGCUCCCAUUUAUUGCUUGCAUCGACGCGCGAGCUUUUAUCCUCGACUACACCGCUGCCUAGACGGCGAAUGGCCUCUAUGAUAGAGGGAGGAGCGGAUAUUGGGGAGGGGGCGGCGGGGGGGUUAGAUGGAGCGCUUAUACUUGAGUUACCUCCCUCCUCUAGGAAAUCGGAUAGAAAUUUGAGGGGGGAUUCGAGGCGGGAGGCGUCGUAUGAGGAGAAUCAGAGUGAGGAGCGCGAUACGAUUACACAGACAGACACAAAAACAGCAACUAGUGGAGGAGAGGCGGUGGUACCUCCCACCACCACAGACGAAAGAAAAAGGACAGAACAAGCGCACUACACAAUCCCGCUGUCGACACUCCUGCCAGAUCCGACGCCAGUCAUAAUCCGGCGCGAAGAUGGGUUUGAGAAGCGCUUGUUGCUGAGGUGUGGGCGGUGCAGGGUCGUUGUUGGGUAUAGACUCUUUAACUCUGCAGGUGGUUCUACUACCGAUCAAGACCUUGACGUCGACGAAGAGGAUGAAGAAGAAGAAGGGGAGGAUGGUGAUGCAAUCAGAUUCAGACAAGCAAAGCAGGACGGAGCGAUUUAUCUACUUCCAGGCUCGAUAGUGGGGACUGAAGAUUUGGAUGUUGGAACAGACACAGAAGGAGGUGGACCAAAUGCGAUGAUUGAGCGGAAUGCGGUAUUGAGGGGGAUGGAGGCAGAGUGGAUGGCAUGGAUUAAAUAG